UUUUCAACGCUGGGCGACAUAGUGGAAAUAUCUUAUUAUACGCUGCAGACCAGUUACCCCAGUUGCUCAGCCUAGAUGUUUUUACUCCUGACAGUCUGAGGAUUCGUGUUAUUUUGGUGCAAUAUUACUUAUGAAGUACUUAUUUAUUAAGUGUAAAUAACUUAAAUUACAAGACUUUAACUUUUACAGAGGCAACGAACUUUCACUUUAACUGUGUUUAUUAAUUUAUCUGGUCAUUUCCCCACGAAUCGCCAGACCUAUGGCGUGAAUGCACAGGGGAUCUGCGGUUCUGUGUUGAGCCGUUAACACGGUGGUUAUUCACACUGAGGUUUCAUCUUGACUGCUGGGGUGAGAUCUACAUUCAUGUGGGCUCGGUAAGACUUUUAUUUUGCGUGUCUGUCCCGGAAGGUUUCUAGCUCGCUGGCGUUGUCCUGCGGAAAAAGUGGAGGGAAGUCAGUUUACUGCGCGUAUCUGCGUGACACAGCUAUUAACCGGCGACGGUUAAUCGGACCGUGAGCGCGACACGGCUAUUAACCGGCGACGGUACACCGGGUCGUGAGCGCGACACAGCUAUUAACCGGCGACGGUACACCGGGCCGUGAGCGCGACACAGCUAUUAACCGGCGAAGGUACACCGGGCCGUGAUCUUCAGGUGAGGGUCUGAGGUCGUCGUGGAGGAGAGUCUCCUCAGGCUGAUGUUCGCACUUCUCUCGGAUGAUUCGACGUGACACACGAUGGCGUCUGUAGAUGAACCUCCGGAGAGGCACUGUUGGGUUUGCUUUGCCACAGAGAGGGAGGAUCGCGUGGCUGAGUGGGUCAGCCCGUGCCGCUGUAAGGGCUGCACCAAGUGGAUCCACCAGGCGUGUCUCCAGCGCUGGCUGGAUGAGAAGCAGAAGGGGAACGGGGGCGGGUCUGUAAGCUGCCCUCAGUGUGGCACCGAGUACCGAAUAGUCUUCCCCAAAAUGGGCCUUGUUGUGUACUUCCUGCAGCAGGUAGACCGAGCUCUGUCCAGGGUCAGCCCAUUUGCUGCUGCAGGCGUGGUGGUGGGCACUGUCUACUGGUCAGCUGUCACCUAUGGCGCUGUCACCGUCAUGCAGGUUUGGCGCUGCAGGGUUUGGCCUGUAGUGGUGGUGGGUCAUAAGAAGGGUCUGGAUGUGAUGGAGCGAGCCGACCCACUCUUCCUGCUCAUGGGUUUACCCACCAUCCCAGUACUGCUGGUGCUGGGGAAGAUGGUCCGCUGGGAGGAUUAUCUGGUGCGCCUCUGGCAACGCCACUCUUCCAAGCUCCAGAUGCUUGUCCCAGGGAUUGGCCGACCCCUCCCCCGAGUGCCGGGUGAUGCUGGUUAUGGCGGAGACCACAUCUCUGUGUCGCGGACGCUGUGCGGCGCCCUGGUCUUCCCCUCCAUCGCCAGCCUGGUGGGGCGUCUUCUCUUCCACAGAGUGUCCUCCAGUCUGCAGCGCACUGUCCUGGGUGGCAUUGCCUUUGUGUUGAUCAAGGGGGUGCUGAAGGUUUACUUCAAGCAGCAGCAAUACCUCAUUCAGGCCAACCGACACAUCCUCAACUACCCCGAACGAGAGAAUCCGUCAGAGGACGCGGCCGACGACGACGACAGCGGGAAUGACUGACAAGGGCCGGGCUGCUGUUGGGUUACACAGAUUUACAACCUGAUCCAGUAAUCACUUUACUCAAAACUAUUGCUUCUCCAUGGUUACAAAAUGAUUUUGAAGUCUUUCUCAUGGCCAUAUUGACUAUACUAUAGAUCCUUUUAUUUUAUUUCAGGCAUUAUUAAAUUGUGGGAUUUAUGUGUUUAUGAAGUCUUUUUUAUCCUGAUUUAACAAGUCAUAGAAUAUCAGAUCAAUACCUCUGUCGAUCGUAGUUGAAAAGGGUUGAUCACAUAGCUGUAAGUUAAGUUUUUCUUUGUUACUUAUCAAAUCUUCAUAAUUCACUCUACAUAAGCCAAUAAAGAUGGAGACAUUGGAUGGGGACAUUACAUGUCCCAGAUCUCAGACUGGUUUGUAAUGUAACACAGUUUACCACUCCUGUAACAAUGUAGACCUGAAAAUGUAAUUUCAUUUUCUAAUUUUCUGGUAACAUAUUACUGAACUUUAGCAGGACCAAGUAACAACCAAAACUGCUACUGCCAACACAGUACGAAUAUAGUUAUAAUUUGAGAUAGUUUAGGCUGUUAGGUGAAGUGAGGUCGUUACUGUUUAACUGUUAUACAGUUAUGGUUGUAAUUAUUAGGGUCUUAAUGACGGGUUUGUACUUGGACCUGCUAUGAGAGAUGUGACUUUACCAGCAGAGGGCGCUCAGGUUACGGUAGCCUGCUGUGCUCGACUGAAAAGAUUUGAGAUGACCGCGAGAAUAAUAAUAGACUAAAUAAUGAUUUACACUGACUGGGGAAGCAAAGUUUUAGGGGCACGUUAAUGCUAGUAGACCAGGGUCAGCUAUUGGCGCAUUGGCUGCUCCUGCUGGCGGGGCUGUUACGUGAGCUGUCAGAGAUGUGAAGAAAAUAAAGCACCUUAUAAAUAAAUCAA